CUGCCCGCAGGGCACAAAUCCCUUCAACUCAACCGACUCUCUUACAACUCUGCAUCCGACACCGCUGACUGCCGACUCUUCGGAUUCCGAACAGCCACCCAGUCACGUCUCACUCUCCCUCUUUCGCUCUCUCUCUCUCUCUAACCACCACCACCACCACCAACUCGACCCACCCACGUCAACCACUCGGCAAAUCUCUUGAGCCCUUCAAGCAAUGGACCUUCCAUCUCCAUCGCCACCGCCGGACGCCGCGGAAAUGGAGAACCUGAUCACCGACGCUCCAAUACACGACGACCCCUCCUCGUCGUCUUCACUUUGGAACUGGUCCGAAAUCUUCGAUUUCGCUGCUCUCGACGACGGCGGUCAACUAUUCACCCCCUCUGUCGACUCUGACCCCGCCCAACCGGAGUCUCAGCUCCAGGAGAGCUCCGCCCAAUCGGGUUCGGGUCGGGUCAGGAAGAGGGACCCGAGGGCUACGUGUUCCAACUUCCUUGCCGGCCGGAUCCCCUGCGCGUGCCCGGAGAUGGACGAGAAGUUGGAGGAGGAGGGGCUGCCGGGGAAGAAGAGGUCUCGGGUGGCGGCGAGAUGUCAGGUGCCUGGGUGCGAAGCAGAUAUCGGCGAACUCAAAGGGUACCAUCGUCGGCACCGGGUGUGUCUCCGAUGCGCGAAUGCUAGGUCUGUUGUUCUUGACGGCCAGAGGAAGAGAUACUGCCAGCAGUGUGGGAAGUUUCAUAUCUUAUCAGAUUUUGAUGAAGGCAAGCGUAGUUGUCGUAGAAAAUUAGAGCGCCACAAUAAUAGACGCAGAAGAAAACCAAAUGAGUCUGGAGUUACUGUAGAAAGGGAAGGCCAAGGGCAUGCUCCGACUGAAGAUGUAGCUUGUGAUGGUGAAAAUGGAAAAGAUGGCAUAUGCUUCAGCAGUCAAAUAGCAGAAAUGGAGACAUUAAUGGGGUCUGAAGGACAGGUUUCUACGCUCUGCUUAAAUCCUGGUCCACAGAAAAGCCAGAGUGAUAGUUUUGUGUCCCUUAUGGCAUCUGGUGAGGUCCAAAUAGAUGGAGACAAAGAUAAAUCCAAACAUGCUUAUUCUUCAGGUGAUUUUGUUGACAAGAGUGCUUACUCUUCCAAGUGCCCAACUGGUCGGAUCUCCUUCAAACUUUAUGAUUGGAAUCCUGCAGAAUUUCCCAGACGACUUCGGCACCAAAUAUUUCAAUGGUUGGACAGUAUGCCUGUUGAGUUGGAAGGCUACAUCCGUCCUGGUUGUACGAUAUUGACUGUGUUCAUUGCCAUGCCAAAUUUUAUGUGGUCUAAGUUACUUCAAGACCCUGCUUUGCAUAUACAUGAUUUUGUUACUGCUCCCCAAAAGAUGCUAUCUGGAAGAGGCACUUUACUAGUUUAUCUUGACAACUUGAUUUUUCGUGUUAUGGGAGAUGGAACUUCAGUAAUGUCUGUUAAGGUGAUGGAGCACACACCAAAACUUCACUAUGUGCAUCCUACGUGUUUUGAAGCUGGGAAACCCAUGGAGUUUGUGGCUUGUGGAAGUAAUCUAAUUCAACCUAAAUUUCGGUUUCUUGUAUCUUUUGCUGGGAAGUACCUGGAAUAUGAUUAUUCUGUUCUGCCUUUAUAUGGUGAAAUGGAAGGGGUCACUGCAAGUUUAAAUCAUCAGUUAUUGAAAAUAUGUAUCCCUCACACUGAAACAAAUCUUUUUGGCCCUGCAUUUGUUGAGGUUGAGAAUGAGUCUGGCAUAUCCAACUUCAUCCCAAUUCUAAUUGGGAACCAAGAUAUUUGUUCCGAAAUGAGGAUUAUGGAGCAGAGCUUUGUAGCAUCUCCGACUUUGAAAGGAUCCAAGUUCCUCUCAGAUAGUACUUUGUUUGAUUCGCAUGAAGUUUCUAUCCUUGAACAAUCAGCAUUUUCUCAAUUUAUUUUAGAUAUAGCUUGGCUACUCAGGAAACCUGCAUUGGAAGAUACAUCACUUAUUUUGACUUCAUCUCAGAUAGAAAGAUUCAACUGUUUAUUGAUCUUUCUAGUGCACAAUAAAUCCAUCAGCACAUUGAUGAGAGUUUUGAAUUUUGUGGAGACUCUGAUGAAUAAUACUAAGUUUCCCUCUCUGGAUAAUGACAUUGCUGAUACUAAGAUGAAAUUACUUAGGUGCAAUAUGGAUCAAGCUAGAAAAACCCUUUGCAAGAGACUUCAGGAAAAUGGGAAUUCAGUACAAAUUUCCAGAUGCCUUGUGCCAAGACAGAAUUGCUUGUAUCAAAGUUCGCAAAUUGACAUGCUCUCUGUUGUUUCUUCUAUUGAUCAGUUUCAGGACAAGGAGACGACAAACACAGGCAGUUUGGAUGCUGUAGAGGUAUCAAAUUUGGGAGACCACAGUUGUUCUGUUCCACUUCUGAAUAAAGAUGUUGCGAGGAUGAACCGUAUGAAGGGAAGGCCCAGGAACUACUGCCAUCGUGUAUUUACCAACAAGUUUCUGACCUCUCGGCUCCUUUUCUAUGUAAUUGCUGCUGCUGCCGUUUGUUUUGGGAUAUGUGAGGCCCUCCUCCACCCACAGAAUGUCAGCAAAAUUGCAACUACCAUUGGCAGGUGUCUGUUAGACAAUGCCUAGCCGUUAAUGGAAUCUAAUAAUCCAAAGGGUCUUAUUUUCAUGACUCAUGCAUAAGUGCAGUGUUCACAAUGUUUGUGCCCGCUGUUUUCUCAUUUGGCUACCGAGCUCCAUUGCUAAAUGCCGGCUUUCUAUGGCAACCCUGGUCCGAGUUUUGUCUCUUCAACCUCAAACCGGGACCAAUCAGAUAACAAAUCUUCUUGGUGAUUCAAAUAGCAGUUUCAUAAUUGAUUAGUCUUGCACUUGGUAACAAUCCUUCUCUUGUUCUUGUUCAGAAAAGAUGGUUAUAUUGUCAUAGUGAUUAUUCUUUCCCCAAGUACUCAGUUUCUUGCACAAGGUUUAAUUCAUGGAUUGGAAGGGCAGCGGGAAGAGAUCAUGAAUGAGGCAUCCUUCGCCGCUGGUUUGUCUAAAGGUUUCGCUAUAAUCAACUAGUGGCCAAGUUGCAGCUAGAUUGCUUAUUUUGUUUAAAGUUUUAGCUAAUUCUAGGUUGGAGACGAACAAGGUUAAGUGGCAUAUUACUAAUUUUUUUACUUGUAAUGUCUCUUUGUGUUAAAAUUGUUUAUCAUGGUACUCUUAUUUUUUGGGUCAAAUUCUUCAAUAUUCUUCCAAAGAUAUCAUCAUCAUAAAUCAUAUUCUCACCAUAUGUCA